AUGGCAGAACCAUUAACAAAUAAUCCUGACGAUUAUGAAGAUGCCAAAAUGCAUGAGGCUGCUUUGGUUGCUAUGGAAACGGGGAACAUGACGCCAAUAAUCAAACAGGAGUUACGGUGUUUAAUACAGUCUAGACGUUUGGCAGAAGGCAAAUCUGAAUUGUACGUCGAUUUCGUACCUCCGGUGAUGACAGAGCUUACACCAGAAGAACUCUUAAAGAAAGAAAACAGACGGGAACAAAACAGAAUAGCGUCCAGAAAAUUCCGGAGAAAGCAGGCAUUCUCGAUAAAUAAAUUCAAGAAGAGAAUUCAACGCUUGAAAUCUGAAAACACAAGACUAUCAUCAGAGUUGUCAUCACUUGUCGAGGAAACAAACUCUUUACAAGGAAAGCUGCAGUCUGAUCUGGAGGAGUGUGGCUGUGCCAUUUCUACAGUAGCGUCUGACCCACAAAGUGCUGGAGUAUAUAUCAUAAGUAAAAGGGCCGUAUAG